UGGCGCCUGCGCGGGGCGCCGCGGCCGGUAGCGGCGAUGUCGGGCCGGUCCAAGAGGGAGUCGCGGGGUUCGGCCCGCGGGAAGCGCGAGUCCGAGUCGCGGGGCAGCUCGGGUCGCGUCAAGCGGGAGCGAGACCGGGAGCGGGAGCCCGAGGCGGCGAGCUCCCGCGGCAGCCCGGUGCGCGUGAAACGGGAGGCCGAGCCGGCGAGCGCGCGGGAGGCCCCGGCGCCUGCAAUCCCCGCUGUGCGGGUGAAGCGGGAGCGCGAGGCCGACGAGGAUUCGGAGCCCGAGCGGGAGGUGCGAGCAAAGAAUGGCCGUGUGGAUUCCGAGGACCGGAGGAGCCGCCACUGCCCAUACCUGGACACCAUUAACAGGAGCGUGCUGGACUUUGACUUUGAGAAACUGUGCUCCAUCUCCCUCUCACAUAUCAAUGCAUAUGCCUGUCUGGUGUGCGGCAAGUACUUUCAGGGUCGGGGUUUGAAGUCUCACGCCUACAUUCACAGCGUCCAGUUCAGCCACCAUGUCUUCCUCAACCUCCACACCCUCAAGUUCUACUGCCUUCCAGACAACUAUGAGAUCAUUGACUCCUCACUGGAGGACAUCACGUAUGUGUUGAAGCCCACUUUCACCAAGCAGCAAAUUGCAAACUUGGACAAGCAAGCCAAAUUGUCCCGGGCAUAUGACGGCACCACUUACCUGCCAGGCAUCGUGGGACUGAAUAACAUAAAGGCCAAUGACUAUGCCAACGCUGUCCUUCAGGCUCUGUCUAAUGUUCCUCCCCUCCGGAAUUACUUCCUGGAAGAAGACAAUUAUAAGAACAUCAAGCGUCCUCCGGGGGAUAUCAUGUUCUUGCUGGUCCAGCGUUUUGGAGAGCUGAUGAGAAAGCUCUGGAACCCUCGAAAUUUCAAGGCACAUGUCUCUCCCCAUGAGAUGCUUCAGGCUGUCGUUCUUUGCAGCAAGAAGACUUUCCAGAUCACCAAACAAGGAGAUGGAGUCGACUUUCUGUCCUGGUUUCUGAAUGCUCUGCACUCAGCUCUAGGCGGCACAAAGAAGAAAAAGAAGACUAUUGUGACUGACGUUUUCCAGGGGUCCAUGAGGAUCUUCACUAAAAAGCUUCCGCAUCCUGACCUGCCGGCGGAAGAAAAGGAGCAGCUGCUCCAUAAUGACGAGUACCAGGAGACGAUGGUGGAGUCCACCUUCAUGUAUCUGACCCUGGACCUCCCAACGGCUCCUCUCUACAAGGACGAGAAGGAGCAGCUCAUCAUCCCCCAGGUGCCCCUCUUCAACAUCCUGGCCAAGUUCAACGGCAUCACUGAGAAGGAGUAUAAGACUUACAAGGAGAACUUUCUGAAGCGCUUCCAGCUUACCAAGCUGCCUCCAUAUCUAAUCUUUUGUAUCAAGAGAUUCACUAAGAACAACUUCUUUGUGGAGAAGAAUCCAACCAUUGUCAACUUCCCUAUUACAAAUGUGGAUCUGAGAGAAUACUUGUCUGAAGAAGUGCAAGCAGUGCACAAGAACACCACAUACGACCUCAUUGCCAACAUCGUCCAUGACGGCAAGCCCGCAGAGGGCUCCUACCGCAUCCACGUGCUUCACCAUGGGACGGGCAAAUGGUACGAAUUACAGGACCUCCAGGUGACUGACAUCCUGCCCCAGAUGAUCACCCUGUCUGAGGCUUACAUCCAGAUUUGGAGGAGGCGAGAUAGUGAUGACACCAACCAGCAGGGGGCUUGAGGGAGGUGGGAGGGCUUUGCUCCUGGCCGCUUGCCUGAAGGUGAUAAAUGCAGGCACUGAAGCCAUAACUGGACAGGGGCUGGCUGGCAGGUUCCCUGGGACAGCACACUUCUUAUGGGUUCUGGCUCACACCAGAGUGUCAGGGGGCCCUCCUCCUGGACGGCCCUGCGCCGUCACCCAGCUACUGUAGGUCCAGGGUCCCCUGUCCUCCCUGUCUAGCUCCCUUCCAGCUUCAGCAGACCAGACCUUUUUUGACAAAUGUGUGUGUGAUUUAUUUCUGAGUAGCUGGGAGUAUCUGAAGGAAAGGUAGUUUGUUCCAAGCAUCAAGUCUCAGAUUCCAGAAAUAAGGGCAUGAAGCCGGUAGCAUCCUUGUUCUGUCUACUACAGAAGGAUGAUUUUCCUUUGGUUCCCUUUCAUUUGCUGAUGCUUUUUUUGGGAAUGGAUUAAAUAUUUUCCUGUUUUUAAACCA